UUAAAACGUAAUGUGCCCUGCCUAAAGUGAUGUGAGUCAGUGGUGAUGCAAACCUGGCGACUUCACCCGUGGCCGAGAUUCCCUCACCUUUAUCCAUUUCAAGCUUGCUCUCGCCUAAUUAUUCCGUUCACCAUGCCUAUCAAAAGUGAUCUGUCGCUGGACUCCGCCAAGUUCCUGCCGACCAAUGCAACGGAUCCUAUGCGAGGGCUCGUCGAAGGCCUGAAGAACAAGUCGGUACCGUGGCCUGCGGUGGUACAUCUCGCAGGGGCCAGCGAGGUGGAGAUAGCUUCUCGCGACGAGGGUCGGACGGUGCCGGUUCGGGUGCUGCGGCCCGACAAUGGGAAGCCUAGCACAGGCGUCUUUAUACACAUCCACGGGGGAGGAUGGAUGACUUUAAGCCACCAGGACUUUGACCAAAGGCUGCAAGACUGCGCAAACGGUGUGCAGAUGACCGUCGUCUCAGUUGGAUACCGCCUAGCCCCGACCCAUCCCUACCCAGCGGCGGUGCACGACUGCAUCGACGUGGCGGAAUAUCUCGUCAGCGACGCCGGCCAGCUCCAGCUCGGCGGAGGGCUCCUCAAGGCCAUCGGGGGCGAGUCCGCGGGCGGCCAUCUGGCGGCCCUGACGGCGUUGCACCUGGCCAAGAACAGGCCGCAGGCCGCCGCGAAGCUGGCCGGCCUCGUACUGAUCUACGGGUGCUACGACCUGAGCCUGAGCAUGCCGUCCAUGGUCACCAGCGUGCCCGGGUCCACGGCGCUGGUCGACAGGGACGUCAUGAAGGCCUGCGUCGACGGCUUCCUGCCUCCGUCCGUGGCGACGCCCGAACAGAGACGCGCGGCCGAGGUGUCUCCUCUGUACGAGGACCUGGCGGGCGUGGCGGCCAAGAUGCCAGGCGGGAAGCUGCCGCCGGCGCUGUUUCUCUGCGGGACCGCGGACCCGCUCCUCGACGAUACGGUGUUUAUGAGCUCCAAGUGGAUGGCGACUGGCAGCGAGGCGGUGGUCAAGAUUUUUCCCGGGGCCCCGCACGCGUUCGAUGCAUUCCCAAGUGUUGUAAAGGAGGCAGGCGAGGCCCUGGAUAUCACAUAUCAGUUUCUUGUAGCGCGAGCUUAGUGUAUUUUCUGCAGGCGCUGUAUUCACGCCGGAUUGGAUGAGGAAAUGAAUCGAUCAGUCAUUGAACCCUAUGGAUGCUACCCGAUUGGCAAAGCUAAGAUACGAG